CGGAGACCGGAGCCGCGAGCGCCACCAGGGCAGCAACCGCCGCAGCCGCCGCCGCUGGGCUGAGGAGUCGGAGACGCAGGCGGACGAGGUGGCGGCGGCGGCGGAGCGGGAGCGGGUACCGGGCGCGGGCAGAGCGCGGCGGCGCGGGUGUAUUCUAGAGAACAAGUCUUCAAACACCUUUGCCAUAUUGACUCUGAGCUGUCAGGGGACUCAGGCUUAUGAGGAGGUACUGUCACAGAAAACAGUGUCUAGUGAAGACGACAAGAAAGAGGGAAAAGGAUCGGAAGAAGAAGCUAAAAUACUGUAGAAAACCAUGAGAUCUAUUAGAUCUUUUGCCAAUGAUGAUCGCCAUGUUAUGGUGAAACAUUCAACAAUUUAUCCAUCUCCGGAGGAACUUGAAGCUGUUCAGAAUAUGGUGUCUACUGUUGAGUGUGCUCUUAAACAUGUCUCGGAUUGGCUGGAUGAAACAAAUAAAGGCACAAAAGCAGAGGGUGAGACAGAAGUGAAGAAGGAUGAGGCUGUAGACUCCUAUUCCAAGGAUCAAGGUGGUCGGACAUUAUGUGGUGUAAUGAGGAUUGGCCUGGUUGCAAAAGGCUUGCUGAUUAAAGAUGAUAUGGACUUGGAGCUGGUUUUAAUGUGCAAAGACAAACCCACAGAGACCCUGUUAAAUACAGUCAAAGAUAAUCUUCCUAUUCAGAUUCAGAAACUCACAGAAGAGAAAUAUCAAGUGGAACAAUGUGUAGAUGAGGCAUCUAUUAUAAUUCGGAAUACAAAAGAACCCACGCUAACUUUGAAGGUGAUACUUACUUCCCCUCUAAUUAGGGACGAAUUGGAGAAGAAGGACGGAGAAAAGGUUGCGAUGAAAGAUCCUCCGGACUUAUUGGACAGGCAGAAAUGCCUGAACGCCUUGGCGUCUCUUCGACAUGCCAAAUGGUUUCAGGCAAGGGCAAAUGGAUUAAAAUCAUGCGUAAUUGUCCUCCGAAUUCUGCGUGAUUUGUGCAACAGAGUCCCCACAUGGGCACCAUUAAAAGGAUGGCCACUAGAGCUUAUAUGUGAAAAGUCUAUAGGUACUUGUAAUAGACCUUUGGGCGCUGGGGAGGCCUUGAGACGAGUAAUGGAGUGUUUGGCAUCUGGAAUUCUACUUCCUGGGGGUCCUGGUCUUCAUGAUCCUUGUGAGAGGGACCCAACAGAUGCUCUGAGCUAUAUGACCAUCCAACAAAAAGAAGAUAUUACCCACAGUGCACAGCAUGCACUCAGACUAUCAGCCUUUGGCCAGAUUUAUAAAGUGCUGGAAAUGGACCCUCUUCCAUCUAGUAAGCCUUUUCAGAAAUAUUCCUGGUCAGUUACUGAUAAAGAAGGUGCUGGGUCUUCAGCUCUGAAGAGGCCAUUUGAAGAUGGAUUAGGGGAUGAUAAAGAUCCCAAUAAGAAGAUGAAACGAAACUUAAGGAAAAUUCUGGAUAGCAAAGCAAUAGACCUUAUGAAUGCACUAAUGAGGCUAAAUCAGAUCAGGCCUGGGCUUCAGUAUAAGCUCUUAUCUCAGUCUGGCCCUGUCCAUGCCCCAGUCUUCACAAUGUCUGUAGAUGUGGAUGGUACAACAUAUGAAGCCUCAGGACCAUCCAAGAAAACAGCAAAACUUCACGUAGCAGUGAAGGUACUGCAGGCAAUGGGAUACCCAACGGGCUUUGAUGCAGAUAUUGAAUGUAUGAGUUCCGAUGAAAAGUCAGAUAAUGAAGGCAAAAAUGAAACAGUGUCUUCAAACUCAAGCAAUAAUACUGGAAAUUCUACAACUGAAACCUCCAGUACCUUAGAGGUAAGAACUCAGGGCCCUAUCCUCACAGCAAGUGGCAAAAACCCUGUAAUGGAGCUCAAUGAAAAACGAAGAGGUCUUAAGUAUGAACUCAUCUCGGAGACUGGUGGAAGCCACGACAAACGCUUUGUAAUGGAGGUAGAAGUAGAUGGACAGAAAUUCAGAGGUGCAGGACCAAAUAAGAAAGUGGCAAAGGCAAGUGCAGCUUUAGCUGCCCUGGAGAAGCUGUUUUCUGGACCCAAUGCAGCAAAUAAUAAGAAAAAGAAGAUUAUCCCUCAGGCAAAGGGUGUUGUGAAUACAGCUGUGUCCGCAGCAGUCCAGGCUGUUCGGGGCAGAGGAAGAGGAACUCUAACAAGGGGAGCUUUUGUUGGGGCCACAGCUGCUCCUGGCUACAUAGCUCCAGGCUAUGGAACACCAUAUGGUUACAGCACAGCUGCCCCUGCCUAUGGUUUACCCAAGAGAAUGGUUCUGUUACCCGUUAUGAAAUUCCCAACAUAUCCUGUUCCCCACUACUCAUUCUUUUAGCAAAUGACAGAAGCUAAUUCCUAUUGAACAAUACAGUACAUACAGAAUGUUAGAGAAAAAGCCUUUUUAUCCUGCUUUCUUUGAACACAUACUUGAUCAAAAUUAUUUGUAAAGAACAUCUUUCCUACUUUUUGAUUUUAACAAACGCAAAUUUAGUUCUCUAAAACUUGAAAACAAACAAACAAAAAGAAACUAGUUCUGUGAAACGGUACCUCAUUUCCGGAAAAUAACUUAUACCAGCCCUUCUGUUCUAGGGAAAUAAGUCUAGCAGUUCAAAGUUUAAGUUUUAAGAGGAGUAUCAGAUUAUGUAAAAUUAAAUUUGUGAAGGGUGUAUAGUCUCAAACACUGAUCACAAACUGCUUUGUUGUAACACAGAGUACUGCCUGGUUCCUGAUGCAGUCACUGAUGCUUAGCUGAUUGAUAUGUAUUUGCCCCAGGGCACAUUAAUUCGGGCUGUAGUUAUUUUUUUUUAAUACAAUAGAGACUUUUCAUUUAAACUUUAACUUUGUAAAUAUUGAAGUGUGUAAUUAAAGCCAAUAAAAUAUGGGUUUGAAUAUUGUUUUAGCUUAUUAUUUUUGAUAUGUUUUGGUAUCAAAUCAUAAAGAAUUGAAAACUAAUAAUAACUUAGCCCUAGAAACCCAUUCAUUUGUAACCAAACUGAUAAAACAAAGCAAAGGCGAUUGUUAGUUUGAGCCAGUCUAUUUACUUUGUAAGCCCUUUGUACUGCUGCUGUACAAGGGCAUCCCCAUGAUAAAGGUUUACUGUUAUCUGAGCAUUGCUUAUUAAAAUGACGGCACUACCCAGAGAUGGGGAAGGAGGAAUGUGAUUAUUUUAGUUUCCGAAUUUCCAAGUUUUAAAAAAUAAUAAAUUAAUUGAUCAAUCACCCUCUCUUGUUCUUGUGGCCUUCUUCACUCUGU